UUAUUGAAAGUUUGACAUUGGAUAAUCUAUAACUAGAAGAGAGACAGAACAGUGUUGGAACACAAUCCUCAUCAUGACAAGCAAUGCAAUCGCUAUUAUUCUUCUCUUGUUCCUCAACUUCCUUCCUCCCAUUUCUUGCUUGAACCAAGAAGGCCUCUCUUUGCUUUCAUGGCUUUCAACCUUCAAUUCCUCUUCUUCUGCUGCUUCUGCUUUCUUCUCUUCAUGGAAUCCAUCCCACCAGAAUCCAUGCAAAUGGGAUUUCAUCAGAUGUAAUCAUGGAGGGUUCGUUAGUGAAAUCAGUAUAUCGAACAUCGAUCUUCAGACAAGUUUUCCCUCCCAGGUUGUCUCUUUCCAGCAUCUUACUGCUCUUGUUCUUUCACGUGGGAACUUGACAGGGGAAAUUCCACCUUCAAUAGGGAACUUGUCGUCGUUGAUCACCUUGAACCUUAGUUUCAAUGCUUUCUCGGGAAAUAUUCCAGCUGAGAUCGGGAAGUUGUCUCGUUUACGGUCGUUGUCGUUGAACACGAACAUCUUUCACGGUGGAAUACCGAGGGAGAUCGCGAACUGCUCGAAUCUUCGGUUGCUCGAACUGUUUGAUAAUCAUCUUACGGGAAAGCUUCCUGCAGAGCUUGGACAGUUAGUUUCACUGGAGAUUUUCAGGGCAGGGGGGAACAAAGGUAUUGAAGGAGAAAUACCAAUGCAUAUAUCGAAUUGCAGACAACUAGCCUUUCUCGGACUCGCCGAUACCGGUAUUUCGGGGCAGAUUCCGAGAAGUUUGGGGGAGUUAAAGAAUCUCAAGACUCUUUUGAUCUAUACAAGCAAGCUUAAUGGUCAUAUUCCACCAGAACUUGGUAAUUCUUCAGCUUUGGAGGAGUUGUUUCUUUAUGGAAACCAACUUUCUGGUGAGAUUCCUGAAGAACUUGGUUCAUUGAAGAAUCUCAAAACAGUGUUACUAUGGCAGAACCAGCUGAGUGGGAGAAUUCCAGACUCAUUAGGGAACUGUUCUGGUCUGGUUAUUAUUGAUCUCUCAUUGAACUAUCUAACUGGGGAGGUUCCUUCAUCUCUUUCCAAUUUGGCUUCAUUGGAGGAGCUUCUUUUGUCAGGGAACAACCUUUCUGGUAACAUACCUUCCUUCAUAGGCAAAUUUUCAAGCCUAAAGCAAUUGGAGAUAGAUAACAACAAAUUCUCCGGUGAGAUUCCGGCAGCCAUUGGACAACUAAAGGAGCUUACUCAGUUCUUUGCAUGGCAGAAUCGGCUUCACGGAAGCAUACCGAUCGAGCUAGCCAACUGUGAGAAACUUCAACAUUUGGACUUAUCACACAAUUCACUUACUGGUCCAGUCCCAAGUUCUCUGUUCAAUUUGAAGAACUUGACGCAGCUGUUGUUGUUAUCAAACAGACUUUCUGGUGAAAUUCCACAGACUCUGGGGAAUUGCACUAGCUUGACCCGUUUAAGGAUGGGAUCAAACAACUUUAGUGGUCGCAUUCCAUCAGGGAUUGGCCUUCUGCAUGGUCUGAGCUUUCUCGAAUUAUCGGAAAACGGGCUUACCGGAGAAAUUCCUCCCGAUAUUGGCGACUGCACUCGUUUAGAAAUGGUGGAUUUGCGAGCUAAUAAGCUCCAAGGUACAAUUCCGGAAUCUUUUGACUUCCUUGCUGAUCUAAACAUCUUGGACCUUUCGAUGAACAACAUAGCAGGCACCAUUCCUCAGAGUUUAGGCAAGCUGACAUCGUUAAACAAAAUGGUAAUCAGUGGAAACUCGAUAACAGGUGUGAUUCCUAAGUCACUAGGGAACUGUAAGGAUUUGCAGUUGUUGGAUAUAAGCAGAAAUAAGAUUACUGGUUCAAUCCCGGAAGAGAUCGGUCGUCUGCAGGGACUCGAUAUACUCUUGAAUUUUAGUUGGAAUGUUUUAACAGGGCCUAUUCCGGAAAGCUUUUCAUAUCUAUCAAAACUGGCCAACUUAGACCUCUCUCACAACAAGCUAACUGGCAGCCUCAUGGUCCUUGGUGGUCUUGACAAUCUUGUUUCUUUGGAUGUCUCAUUCAAUAACUUUUCAGGUAUCCUUCCGGACACUAAGUUAUUCGAUAAUCUCCCCAACGCUGCUUUUUCCGGCAAUCGUGAUCUCUGUGUUAACCGAACCGAGUGCUCAAGUGGAAAUCUCCAUGCCAAAAGAUCAACCAGAAAUCUUAUCCUCCGCACCCUUUUCAGUGUAACCAUAACCAUUGUAGUAGUCACUGUUGCUGUAUUUUUAUUCAUCAGAGUUCAUGGAGCCAAACAUGAGGAUGAUUUCUUGGACUGGCAUUUCAUCCCCUUCCAAAAGCUUAACUUCUCCGUGAAUGAAGUAUUACCGAGUCUUUCUGAUUCAAACAUCAUUGGAAAGGGUUGUUCCGGUGUGGUUUAUCGUGUUGAGACGCCGACAAAGCAGGUUGUCGCUGUGAAGAAACUAUGGCCAAUAAAAAAUGGUGAGUAUCCAGAGAGGGAUUUGUUCACUGCAGAAGUUCAGACACUUGGAUCCAUAAGGCAUAAGAAUAUAGUGAGGCUAUUGGGAUGCUGUGACAAUGGGAAAACCAGAUUACUCUUGUUCGAUUACAUUAGUAACGGUAGCCUGGCCGGAUUGCUGCACGAGAACAACUUGUUCUUGGACUGGGAUGCAAGAUAUAAGAUCUUACUUGGAGCUGCUCAAGGUUUAUCUUAUCUUCACCAUGAUUGUAUCCCACCAAUAGUUCAUCGCGAUAUCAAAUCCAACAACAUCUUAGUUGGACCACAGUUUGAGGCUUUCCUGGCAGACUUUGGCCUGGCAAAGCUUGUCGAUGUUUCGGAGACUCCGAGAGCAUCCAACAUUGUUGCAGGUUCUUACGGAUAUAUUGCUCCAGAGUAUGGAUACAGCAUGAGGAUCACAGAGAAGAGUGAUGUGUACAGCUUUGGUGUAGUUCUCCUGGAAGUUUUAACAGGCAUGGAACCAACAGACAACAGUAUUCCAGAUGGUGUCCACAUUAUCACUUGGAUCAACACUGAACUUCGAGAAAAGAGGAAAGAUUUCACAAAAAUUAUAGACCAGAUGCUGCUCAUAAGAUCAGGCACACAAAUCCAAGAAAUGCUUCAAGUGCUCGGCGUCGCUCUCCUAUGCGUCAAUCCAUGUCCCGACGAACGUCCCACGAUGAAAGACGUAACAGCAAUGUUGAAAGAGAUCAGGCACGAGAACGACGAUUCCGAGAAACCAAAUCUUCUCUGUAAAGGCAUAGCAAACAACCCCAAAGCUGCAGUUCAUUGUUCUAGUUUCUCGAGAUCAUCCGAAUCUCUCAUCAGUUCAACUUCUUAGUCAAUGUGCUUCAGUUUCAUCUGUAUUUGUUUUUAACAGUCAUUUGUAUAGGCCUCAAAUUGCUGCUUGAUUAAUCCGAAAAACACUCAGUAUUGUUAUAUUUAUUUCUGUGAUGCGAGGCUGUUUCCGAGCUUCACGAACUCAUAUCGAAUCCUUUGUUUUCGAUCAAGUGGGGCGGCUGUCCUGUAGAACAGAAGAGGAAUAAUGGAACUUUAGAAUCGGACCUACUAACUGUUUCC